UAUUGUUUUGCGUAUUUUAUUUUUAGUCGAAAUGUAUGGAAAUUAUGAAUAAAUUUAGAAUUUUCUAAGAUAUAGUUUAAAUUAUAAAAAUGACGGAUAUAAUAGAGGACGUUGCGAUUGACAAAGACACGGUUGAAAGUGCAGAUUUAGAGAAAUUGUUUAACAAAAAGUACAACUUACUUACGGAGACUGCAGUAUCCCUAAAGAAAUCCUAUAUUAACAAAUUAGAUGUAACGAAAUCCUUAAACAUAGCUGUAACAUUACAAGACAAUACGAUAGAGGUAUACAAAUUAACAAACACGUCAUUAAGUAGAGUAUGCAGACUCAGUGGUCAUCAUAAAAGUGUAACGGAGGUGGUGUUCAGUCCUAAGGAAGAUUACUUGUUGUAUUCGGCUGGACAUGAUUUACUGAAGUUGUGGGACACCCGGACUAGUGGGCAGUGUGUGCAGGAGUAUAAAAAUGAGACAGAAGUACCCAGGGAGUAUGAAAGUAUGGACGUAUCAUGCACAGCUCGAGUUCUGUGUGCCGGCAGCCGUCUGCAGCAGGAUGAUGCAUACCUUGUCUUCUGGGACCAGAGGAAGCCUGAGCCGCUAGGCGGGUACUGGAACUCACAUACGGAUGAUGUUACGCAGGUGAAAUUCCACAAGAACAAACAAGAGACUCUCAUCUCUGGUUCAUCUGACGGCCUCAUCAAUAUUUACAACAUCAUGGAACCCAAUGAGGAUGAUGCACUUAUAUACUCUAUGAACUGUGAGGUUGCAGUAGAGCGUCUGACGUGGCUGGACGACAGCACGGUGUCGUGCGUGACGCAGUCCAGCGACCUUCAGCUGUGGAACAUGGAGACAGGGGACAUGAUCCGGAGUUACACCAGGGACAAGAUCGGACGGAGUAUUAAGCGUAGCCGCGUGGACGAUUGUUACGUGGUAGACGCGUUUCGGGACGCCGACGGACAGAGCUGCGCGCUUGCCGGCUCCUACGGCGCUGACGGUAACACGCUGCGGUCGGUGACGAUAUCGGACAAGAAGGUUGCGCCGCGGACCGACUACGACAAGAACAAGCAGAUCGUGCGCUGCUGCCACUACGACGAUGUGAGAGACCUAAUGGUGACGACGGGGGAGUCCGGUCUGGUCAGCGUGUGGUCUGGGGUGGAGACGCCGGGGGCGCAGGCCGUGUCCGCCCGCAUGCAGCGCAACCUCAAGCUGCAUGAUAAGAGACAUAAGCCUUAUUAAAUGCUAUAAGAUGUA